CAAGGCUUCACCUGUCUGCGAGAGACGCUGCGCUGAAUAUGGUAGCAGCGGCGUUUAUCAAUACCGUUUACAGAUUAAUUAAGCGAGGGGCUGAGGCUGGCCCGCUCUGUGAUAGCAACUUGCGGGAAGCUAAUCCCCUAGUUACCCAUGCCGCUUCAUAUUAAGGAUGUCUAUUCUUAACAGUAGAAAGGCUUAAAAGCUGAGGUGCAGCCCCAAGGUUUUCUGUGCCUCCCGACGACGAUUCCACCGGCACUUCUUUCCUCGUUUGAUCCUCCAGGGCAAAGGUGACUAUCUCCUAUUUCUUCCUGCUCGUAUAGCUUUACUCAAUAUCCGUCACCAUCCAAACACCUGCACUUGUCAAUAUUCCCAUCUCCAGUAUCUGUGACUCAAGAACUGCCUCAGUCAUCACUUGGUCUAAAAUGUGACUGGCUAAUGCUGUGUAGCGUAUUUUCUUCACUUGGAAUCCCUAAAUCAUCCACCAAUAUGGGUUUUCUGGACAAGUUCAAGGAGCAGAAAGAUAAGCAUGUCAACAAAAAGACUGCAGACGAUCUCGCGGCCCACAAGGAUGCUGGCAAGCACGCCGGGUCUGUAGCUGAGAAGUUUGCGAAGAAGAGUGGUUUCGGCAUGUUUUCUAAGGAGAUUGGAGCCGGCGUCAAGGCCAUCGUGGAGGGGAAGCAGAAAGCUACCUCUGAAGCCAAGGCCAAGGAUGGAACUGCCACUGUCACCACCACCGAGACGCAAAAAGACCCAGCAACUGGUGCAACCACCGAAAUUGUUGCGACGACCACGGCGGCGCCGCCAGGCAGUGCACCCCCAGCUACUGUUGAUACUGCGGCUACCCCAGCUCCCACCACAGCUCCCACCACAGCUCAGCCUGCCGCGCCCCCAGCUGCUGCAUGAGACCCGUCGAAUUCAUUCCAGUACAUAAAUCGACUUUCCACCUGCUAGAUACCACUUUCGACGAAGCAAACCAAGCACUUCGUAGUACCGCAAUUAUUCAAUAAUGGAUUACAUUAUGUUUCAAAUUUCAUCCAUCAUCACCUCCAUAAGUGAAUAUGCGUAGAUCACAUUGAGCUUACCAGAUAAUACCACGUACAGGCAGCAGGUGACGCCCUUGGCAUUAAAUAGUGAGACGUUACUGUUUUAAGACUUUCAAGCUCGACGUUAACUGAUUAUUAUGUACUCCAUCGACUAGGACGGGGAGGAAGUUUUGGAGUUCCUCUUGGGUGAGAUGUCAGAAUUGAUUAGUGUUCAGUACACAAGGCUCCG